CUAGGUUUUCUUCCGCAGAGCGAAAGGAAGUUAUUACUAUUAUUUGAUUAUUUGUUUUCUAAAAUAAUCUUUUGAUUAAUAUUUUGGUUAAAUGAGAUUCUAGAAUAAAACACAUUUAAAAAUAAAAAUAAAAAUCUAAUCAAAUUGGAAGUGUAUGCAUAUAUUUGUAUGGCUAUUUAUAGUAUCAUAUUCCCAGAAAACAUGAAAUGAAAAAAAUAAAAUAAAACACAGAAGCCUGGCCGGUCCAGUCCACCACUCGCAGAGUCAGCGUUAUUGUUCUGAUAUUAUCGCGAUGGGUGGUUCAUUUCUUCUCUUCUCUUACCUCCUCUCCGUUUUUGCUUCUUUGCCAAGUUUCACUGUCGUUAAAGCCGAUUCUGAUCUCACUCGACCUUCUUUUACUCCCAUCAACCGGGAUCUCUACCAUUCCAGUGAUGAUUUGAUUGAACAAAUAAAGUCUUUGGUCCAUCGACACCCUGACAAACUCACUGUAGAAACAAUUAAAGCCGGAAACAAAGGGUACACAUCGGAGAUAACUGUUGUUACUUAUUGCCAGAGUAGGAAAGAGACUGAUGACAAAUCCAAGUUCCGGAUCCUUCUUAGUUUUGGGCAGCAUGGACGGGAGCUUAUUACAUCUGAACUGGCAUUGCGGAUCUUGUCAAUCUUAAGCGAAGAGCAGUUUCUACCCAAAAUGGACCGAGCUUCCUUAAAUGGUACCCUUGACAAUGUUGUCAUAAAGGUAGUGCCAAUGGAGAAUCUGAACGGUCGCAAGCUUGUUGAAGCAGGAAAUCUUUGUGAAAGGAGAAAUGGGAGAGGAGUUGAUCUCAAUAGGAACUGGAGUGUAGAUUGGGGAAAGAAGGAGAAGGACUAUGAUCCAUAUGAAGAGAAUCCCGGAAUUGCUCCUUUUAGUGAGCCUGAAACCCAAAUCAUGCGGAAAAUUGCCAUAUCAUUUGAUCCUCACAUAUGGGUUAAUGUACACUCUGGAAUGGAGGCACUAUUUAUGCCAUAUGACCACAAAAACAGAACCCCAGAUGGAUUGCCAUCACAACGAAUGAGAUUGUUGCUUGAAGAGCUGAACAACGUCCAUUGCCACAAGCGUUGCAUGAUUGGUUCUGGUGGAGGUUCUGUCGGGUAUCUGGCACAUGGGACAGCAACAGAUUACAUGCAUGAUGUUGUAAGAGUUCCCAUGUCAUUCACCUUUGAGAUCUAUGGAGAUAAUACAGCCACAUUAAAAGACUGCUUUAAAAUGUUCAAUCCUGUUGACCAUACCACCUUCAAGAGAGUUCUCAAUGACUGGUCUGCAGCUUUUUUCACAAUAUUUAAGCUGGGACCACAUCAGAUUGAUGUCCAUUCCAAGGCUGCUGUAUCUAGCAUGGACAAAUGGGUAUCCAUCGAUGAAUACUUUGAUGGCUACUUAAUGGGACGGAGAAACAGGUACGGUAAGAAGAUGGAGGUUCUUGAGGUUGGAAUGCAGGAAAUAAGAACAUAUUUCCGGCUUUUCUUGUUAUCCUCAGUACUGUUAUUGUUCAUGUUCUGUUCUCGAAUUUCUAAAACCGGCAGACAAAUUGUUUCGGCCAUACCUAUUUGAACUUUUUUACAUAGAAUACAAACUCGGGACAACAGCACGAUACAUUCUUUUGAUAAAGAUGUAUGUUGUGAUUCUGUACACGUUAAUUAGAGGCCUUUUUUCUUUUGUAUGUUGAGUACAUUCUUAUUAGGUAAUGUAGAUAGUUUUUUUACCAUUUUGGGUGUAUCACAAAGCUAAACCUCGCGUGUUUGCUGCAAUUGGAACUGGAAAGUCCUUUUGUUUGGUAGUAA